AUGCCAUCCGCCACGCAGCCCUUUGUGCUGUCCCAGGCGACGCAAGAAGUGCUUAACGACUACGAUGAACAUGUUGCUGGUGGUUUCGCACCCCUUCCCGUGGCGGUUGCCAAAGCCAACAAUGCUACCGUCUGGGAUGUCGAUGGAAAACAAUACCUGGACUUUUUGAGCAUGUUUUCAGUGGUGAACAUGGGACAUGGACAUCCACGCAUUGUCUCGGCCGCCAUAAACGCCAUGAAAGAUGCAGCAUGUGUCAACAUUGCAUUCCUCAACCCACUAUAUGGCCGAUUGGCCAAACGACUUUACGAGGUAUUUGGCUACGACAAAUUUGUAGGCAUGACCAGCGGGUCCGAGGCGGUGGACGCGGCAGUGAAGGUUGCCAGGAAAUGGGCCUAUUGUGUCAAAGGAAUUCGAGAUGGGAGCUGUCACAUCCUCACAGCAACGGCGUGCUAUCAUGGCGUAUCAAUGUCGACGGUGUCUUUAGCCAGCAAGAAAGCUGACCAUUCAGACUUCAGCCAAUACCUCCCCAAUGUCGGAUCAACAGCACCGAGUGGAAGGUUAGUGCGCUAUGGAGUGAUUGAGGAUGUCCGGAAAGCCCUGACUGAAGAUGGCGCGAAGAUUGGUGCGUUUAUGAUCGAGCCUAUACAGGGCUCAGCAGGUAUCAUUGUCCCACCAAAGGGCUAUAUUGCCGAAGUCGCAGCACUAUGCAGAGAACACAAUGUACUGUUCAUCGCGGAUGAGAUCCAGACUGGCUUUGGCAGAACUGGGUUCAACUUGUGCCACCAGCGAGAUGGUGUCAAAGCAGAUCUGGUGGUGUUAGGGAAAGCCUUGUCCGGUGGUCUCUAUCCUAUGUCUGGCGUUAUGGGGUCUUCGCGCAUAAUGAAUAUUAUCUCACCUUACGAAAUUGGCACGACAAUGGCAAACAACCCUCCCGGGUGCGCCGCAGCUUUAGCUGCGCUGGACAUUCUUGAGGAAGAGAAACUCUCGGACCGGGCAAAUGACUUGGGCGAGCUCCUACUGGAGAAGCUACGAUCAUUCAAUCUUCCUCAUGUGAUUGAGUUUUCGGGCAGCGGCUUGUUCAUUGCUGUGGCCAUUGAGCAGAAGCCGCCCAAGGUUACGGGACGGAGGAUCACAGCUUUACUGGCGCACAGAGGCGUCCUCGCCAGCGCUACUGGCAUGGGUGACCGGAUCAGGUUCUGCCCGCCAUUGACGAUCAGUGAAGAGGACCUUUUAAGGGGUGCGGAUAUCAUUGCCACGGCGUUUGCAGACGUCGAAGAUGUUGGCAAAAUACCCGGCGAGAUAGUUCUCUAG